UCGAUCGCCAGCUUCACCUUCACUUUAAACCGCUCCUGGUCACGAUAUCAAACAAAAACACAUUAUAAAGAUUCCCAAAAACCUGCGAAUCGUUCGAUAGUACACGUUCUGAUAACGACUUCUAGCGCCAUGUGUUGGUAUGGAACAAGAGGCUACUGGAAAACUGUACGGGCGCUGUUUGAAUCAAUUUGAAUUUGCUAGUUGGUGUAUACAGGUGUUCAAGUGUCAAUCAUGCCGAAAACCCACGAGACAAAAUUUGUCAAUUCGCUUUUCCUGACCAAUCUGAUACAAACGCAGUAUGGCGAAUCGGAAGUGAAAAUCAAAACCUACGAUGUAGAACCGGCGACCGCUGAAAUAAACGAUCCGUACGCGAGGUCUUCCAUGAAUAGGAUUCUCGUGAAAUAUACAUCGAAAGAGAGUCCUACCGAAAAUUUAAUAACAUUCGUGGCAAAAAUAAAGCCUGCUGAAGGUAAACUGGUCGCAGAGUUCGAGAAAAGUGAUGUGUUCGACAAGGAAAUUUUUGUCUAUAAGAAUGUAAUCCCAAAGAUGAUAGCUACCAUUUCGAAACUUGGAGGAGCCGUUGAACUAGCGCCUCAGCUCAUCUAUUCGUCAGACGUUUCUUCGAAUAUACUGGUAUUGGAAGAUUUAACUGUUCGAGGAUUCAGUGUAGAAAACCAGCAGCUUGGGUUAAAUUUGGAACAAAGCAAAAUGGCAAUCGAAAAGUUGGCAUUCUUUCAUGCUGCUAGUGCCACGCAAUUGAUUGAGCAUCCAAAUGAGCUGUCGAAGUUUACGAAGGGAACUUUUCAUUCUAACCACAUGGAUAAAUUGAAAUAUUUUGUAAACGCGUUGACAACAGUUGCAGAUAAUGCAUCCGAGUUAGGAAUUAACGCCGAUGUCGCGAAUAAACUGAAAACUUUACCCCAAAAAGCUUUACAAAAGGCCAUAGAAGCAUACGGUAGCGAUUGUCAUGGAUUUAAAGUGCUGAACCAUGGAGACUUCUGGACCAACAACAUAAUGUACAAGUAUGACAAUACUGAACUUGUCGAUGCUGUUUUUAUUGAUUUCCAAAAUUGCGUCGUUGGUUCACCUAUAAUAGAUUUAGUGUACUUCCUGACGUCCUCGCCGUCAUACGACGUGUUGGAAAAAUCAAAGGAUGAAUUGAUUUAUAUAUACCACGAAACACUGUCGUUGCUAUUGCAACGCUUGAAUUACAAAAAAACGGUUCCAUCCUUGAUUGACUUACAGGUAGAACUCCUCAAGUAUGGUGCUCUAGAGGUAAUUUUCUCCCUGACCACAGCACCAUUUUUACGCACAAAAAAUGCACAAAAUACACCGGCAAUGCAGCCUACACUCUACAACGAAGGUCAAACAAUUGAUAUAAUGCCCGUGUUGAAGACCCAUGCUAGCCAUAUCAAUCAGCAACUGAAGGACUAUGAGCUUCGAGGUUUACUCGACUGGGGAGCAGCCGAAAGCAAGAUUAAAGGACUAAUGGGACGAUUCCAGAAAUAACAUAAAUUUGUUGCCAUGUUUUGUACAGAAGUUAAAAAGGUAAUAAUAAAUAAAAACGGAUAUAUCUUUGGUAGAACCUG